AUGACAGCUACUCAGAAACACAACCUCUUCACACCAGAACCUCACUACAUCCCUGGCUAUGCCGGCUUCUAUCCGCAGCUGCGCUACCAGGUGGGGAAUACCUAUGGACGCACCACAGCGCAGCUGCUCACAGACCCCAGCGUGCAGAAGAGUCACUGCUCCGUGCUGUCCCCCAUGUCCAAGCCCAAGUUCAUCGAAGACUUCAGCAAACCCAAGCCCUCCUUUAAUCCCUGCCGGGACCUGACUGAGCCCUACAUCCCCCACUACACUGGUCUCAAGCCCUAUAAGAAUUUUGAGAUCCUAGGCCAGCUCCCACCCAAGGAGGGGGAUGCCCAGAGGCCACCAGGUGACGAGGACGUAUCCAGACAGGUUCCAUUGCCUGCAGGCUUUAUGCCCUACCUACCCUACCCGCCGUGCCCACCAGGCAGGAAAGGGGACUCGGGAGACGUGGGACACCCGGGCCUGCGGCUGGCAUAUGGGGAAGAGGCCUGGAAGAGUGCUGUCCCUGUCCAUGAGUCCCCUGGGCGGUACCAGCUGUACCACUACAGGAGGGAUGAAUACCCGCCCCCACCCCGCCUGCAGGAGACACUGGACGUGGGCAGAUUCCAACGGCUGCCCCAGCUGGACCACCCCAACCUGAUUCAACGAAAAGCCAUCUCAGGAUAUGCUGGCUUCAUCCCCCAAUUUGCCUCGGUGAUGGGGAUGAAUUACCGCGAUGGGGUCAUUCAGGCUAUGGACGAGUUCGACAAGAACCAGUUCCGGUUCAGAAAUCCUGUCUGUGACCUGGGUGAGAGGCUGCCCAGGACAAACUGGCCCAGCAACACCAUCUACAACAGCCAGGGCCUGAUACCCUUCUACAUGGGAUUCAUACCGUCCAUGCAGGACAACUACGCACUGACAUUUGGCAACAGUACCCGGAAGGCCUAUCAGAAGGAACUGGAGAGGCGGAGCCACACACUAUGA